GAAAACCGAAACAGCGGACACUGAUCAAAACGCGUGCGCCAGAAACUCGCAGCCUCUUUUCUUUAUCGCUGCUUUCGUUUUGACUUGACCGUAGUCAGCAGUGAGCGCUGUUGGGGUUCUCUGUUUGCUUGCCAUCUUAUGCAUUUCGUGUGCAACGCGUCAUUUGUCGCCAUUUGCACGUGCGCUUUGUCUCCUUAUUUUUUCUUCAGGUAAGUCGAAGGAAAGGAAUAAAAGAAAAAACACAUCUUUAAUUUGCCAAAAAGGAAAAGAUGUCUCAUCUCAAUCCAAACGCGACAGAAUGGAAGCCGACGGGAAACAACGAGCACGGCAUGACCGACUUCGCCCUUCCUCCUGCUACAGUGCUGCCGGGUGAGAGGGAGAGCGACGAGCCGUCUCGCGGGGCCUCGGCUGGCACACCGCCGGCCGCCUCAGCUGCCACCGCUGCCGCUGCCGCUGCCUCUAGUACCCCACCCUCGUACAUUCCGAGUUACAUGACCGGCGGCGACCCAACCAUCGCCGACGAGCUCGCCAACAUUGACUGGGAGGCGGAGUUCAAGAAGUUGAUGGAGCUAACCGGAGAGUUGAUCGAUCGGCAGCUAAAGGGGCUCGAUGGUGAUGAGGUGGCGGGGACGGCGCAUAAUCCGAGUGGUGGCUUGACGGCCGCCGCUGCUGCCACCACCUCCGCUACUCCGAAUGUGACUGCCGGUGGAGCUGCCGGGGAGGCGAAGCCAAGCGCGGUGCCGCUCCCCACAACGUACGCCAGCGCCGUCAAAGGUGCCGCCGUCGCAGCACGCAAGCCCACCACGCUUGGCGUCGCCAGCACCAGCAGUGCGGCUGCGGCUGCCGCAGCGGCCCUAGCAGACGUGGACGACAGCGCGAGCACGGCGCUUACCAUGGCGACAACGAAAGGGGGCACCAAGCACCACUGGAAGAAGCUCACCAAAGCCCAGCAGCGGCAGGAGCAGUCGCAGCGCAACGCCUUCGAGGCCUUCGCCAACGCGUUGCUGCACAGCGUGUCACCUUUCAUGGCACCGCUGCGUGAGAAGUGCAAGACGUCGCUGCCGCACAUCAAGGUGGAUCAGCGGUUCGGCAAGAGCGGCCACCCCGAGACGGCGAUUGCGCAGUUCAUCGUGGCGCCGCUCGUCACGAACUACCGACCGCGUCACUUCCACGAUGUCGCGCCGGGCGAGUUGAUGGAGUUCCACUACGACUUCUCGUUGGUGCUGCAGACACUGCCGUCCGCGUACGCCAUUCACAUCGGCUACGGCCCUACGUGGAAGCGCUACGCCGUCCCUUACUGCUACGUGGCGUGUAGGGAGUACCGCAAGGAGGUGCUCGCGCUGUGCCCGGAGGAGACACCCAACUCGCGCUCCGAGGCGAUCUACGAAGACGACGUUGUGAAGGAUAUCACGGACCUGCUGCUAAAGCGGGGCGAAGGUCUGGAGCUGCUAGAGACGAUGUCGUUUUGGGAGGCCAUGCGGAAGCGGGUCGAUCUGUACCCGCUCUACGAUGCCUUUGCAAGCAUCUUCCAACCGUUGGAGAACUACCAGGUGGAGAUCAUCGACAUCCGCGCCGUCCCCUCGCGAUUUUUGGUCAAGACGUCUCGUCUCGCCGUGGAGGCGAUGCCGCAGCCGGUUGUGCUGGACGAGGACGUGACCUGGGACGAGUUGCCCGAGUACUCUCGCGUCAUUGUCCAGGGCGGAGGUGCAGCCAAUAGUAGUAAUAAUAAUUCUAGCAGGGGAGCCACGAAGGACGGCACUUCAGGUUCGGCCGCAGCGAACUCAGCGAAGGGCUCUGCUACGCCGACACCGGCGGUGGCGUCGACGGCUGCCAUCGCUGGACGUGUAAAGGGUAACGCGGCGCCGACUGGUAAACUGGCGAAGGCAGCGGAGGGCAACGUGUCGUGGCAGAUGGUGGUGCCGCUGGCGUUAAGCGGCGUUUGCGUUUUGACAACUGUAGCUCUUGUGGUGCUCAAGAAACGGAAGCAGUAA